AUUUCUUCCACCUCUCACACAGUAUUCACUACAAUCCAAUUUCAUUGCAAACAACAUUUCCAAUAUUAAUUUUAAUUUUAAUUUUAAAUAAUUAUAUCUAACCCUUCUCCACCAUUAGCCUUUUCAUUCUAAGGACAAUUAGAGAAUGGCGUUGAGUAUGACUCACCAGAUCGGAAGCUUGGCCGGAGCGGCGGCGGUGGCGGCGACGGUUGAUUCCUCGGCCGGAGACUCGAACGCGGCGGUGAGUGCGGUGUCCUGGAAGUCCCCGGCGGCGAGUCUGAAGUGCAAGGUGAUGAGAUCCGAGGGCGGGGAGCUCUCGCCGCCGGUGAGUCCGUGCAGGUCGGCGGCGCUGGGAGCGGUGCGGGCGGAUCUGACGGCGGCGUGCGAGGUGUUCGAGAAGGAGAAGGAGAAGGAGAAGGAGCACGGCGGCGGGGGGAAGCAGGGAGGCGGCGUGCCGGUGUAUGUGAUGAUGCCGCUGGACAGCGUGACGGCAGGGAACGGGGUGAACCGGCGGAAGGCGGUGAACGCGGCGAUGGCGGCGCUGAAGAGCGCGGGGGUGGAGGGGGUGAUGAUGGACGUGUGGUGGGGGCUGGUGGAGAGAGAGAAGGCAGGAGAGUACAACUGGGGAGGGUACGCGGAACUCCUGGAAAUGGCCAAGAAGCACGGCCUCAAGGUGCAGGCCGUUAUGUCUUUUCACCAAUGUGGCGGAAACGUUGGGGACUCUUGCACUAUUCCCUUGCCUAAAUGGGUUGUAGAGGAGAUUGAUAAUGACCCCGAUCUUGCAUAUACCGAUCAAUGGGGAAGAAGAAACUAUGAAUAUGUAUCACUUGGAUGUGAUACUUUGCCCGUGCUCAAGGGCCGAACCCCAGUUCAAUGUUAUGCUGAUUUUAUGCGUGCUUUCAGAGACAAUUUCAAGCACCUCCUUGGUGAUACUAUUGUGGAAAUCCAAGUUGGGAUGGGACCAGCUGGUGAGCUGCGUUACCCUUCAUACCCAGAGCAAAAUGGGACAUGGAAAUUCCCAGGAAUUGGUGCUUUCCAAUGCUAUGACAAGUACAUGUUGAGUAGCUUAAAAGCUGCCGCUGAAGCUCAGGGCAAGCCAGAAUGGGGAAGCACAGGCCCUACUGAUGCUGGCCACUAUAACAACUGGCCAGAAGACACUCAAUUUUUCCGCAAAGAAGGUGGAGGCUGGGAUGGUCCAUAUGGUGAGUUUUUCCUCACCUGGUACUCCCAGAUGCUGUUGGACCAUGGUGAGAGGAUUCUCACAUCAGCUAAGUCAAUCUUUGAUGACACUGGUGUCAAUAUCUCAGUAAAGAUUGCUGGUAUUCACUGGCACUACGGUUCAAGGUCUCAUGCCCCAGAACUCACAGCAGGGUACUACAACACCCGAUUCCGUGAUGGCUACCUCCCCAUUGCUCAAAUGUUGGCGCGACAUGGUGCCAUUUUCAACUUCACAUGCAUCGAGAUGCGCGAUCACGAGCAGCCACAAGAUGCUCUUUGUGCACCUGAGAAGCUCGUGAAGCAAGUGGCUAUGGCAACGCAGAAGGCACAGGUCUCGCUCGCCGGAGAAAAUGCGCUGCCACGUUAUGAUGAAUAUGCACACGAGCAAAUCAUAAGGGCAUCUCAGUUGGAUGUUGAUGAUGACUCAGGUGACAGGGGGAUGUGUGCAUUCACAUACCUGAGGAUGAACCCACAUUUGUUUGAACCAGAUAACUGGAGGAAGUUUGUGGCAUUUGUGAAGAAGAUGAAGGAAGGGAAAAGUGCCCACAAGUGUCGGGAAGAGGUGGAGAGGGAAGCAGAGCAUUUUGUGCAUGUUACCCAGCCUCUCGUGCAGGAGGCUGCAGUGCUCUUGCACUGAGAAUUGUUGGACAUCCUUUUGUUGAUAAUAGUGCUUAGGAAAGAGUCAUAAGUGGGUUGUUGAAAGUUUUAGUGAACCAGCAACCCAGGUUUGUGGCUAAGAUGUAAAAUUUUGCAUUAUAUUGUUGUUUUCUAUUGUAUGCCCCUAAAGCUUCUACUUGUUACCCUUCGUAUUGGGUACCUGAUUAUAAAGACUUCGGGUAAUAUUAUCUUAAAAUUAUUCUAGUUGUACAAAGUAGUUACAUAUUUCUGUAUUAUUAUAUCGAGCUGCUUAUAAAAAUGUCAUUCCUGCUGCA